UAUGCUGAAUGCUUUUGGGGUUUUGCAUCGUGAGUUUUACCAAAACAAGCAAAAAGGAAAGGUGGAGUGGGGGGGAAGAGUCCUCAUUUUCAUCCCUUUUGCAAUGCAAACCCAAAACAUAAUUCGAUUUCUUCUUUUAGAGAGAGAGAGAGAGAGGGAAGCAUAUGAAAAAGGAAAGGUGGGUGCGGGAGACCGUCUGUGCUUCCCCAUUUGGUGACUAUCAAUGAAUUGAGAGAAUCCAUCAAUCGCCGACCCAACAACCCCCCUCCUUCCCUCCCCUCCAGAAAAAGCUCUUGUUUUUUUCAUCAUAUUUUCGCUUCCUUUUUGCCUUAAUUAUCCUUUGGGUGCUCCCUUCAUCGUUCCUCUGGGUAAUACUGAUCACACAAUCCUUAAGAUUUUCCCCCCAAUAUACUUUUCUUCUUCUUCUUCUUCCUCUUCCUCUCCCUCUCUCUCUCUCUCUCUCUCUCUCGUCUCUCGCUUUCCCCAUUUCCUGCCUCUUUCCAUGUCCUCCGUGUUCGUCCGAAAGCAUUCUUGAUUUUUGCCUCCUUUGGUGAAAUCGAUUUUGAGGCCUGCAGCAAACCUCACCUGGGUCUGUUGCUUGCGUCUUGAAUCCUUGUUUGUUCCUCGAUCUCUGCUGGGAAAUCCUUAAUCCGCUGCAUCAAAUCUCAGAGAUGGUGAGAGGGAAGACCCUGAUGAGGCGGAUAGAGAACGCGACGAGCCGGCAAGUGACCUUCUCGAAGAGGCGGAAUGGGCUGCUCAAGAAGGCCUUUGAGCUCUCCGUGCUUUGCGAUGCUGAGGUUGCACUGAUCAUCUUCUCGCCGCGAGGCAAGCUGUAUGAGUUCGCAAGCUCCAGCAUGAACGAAACCAUAGAGCGGUACCACAGGCACACAAAGGACACAAAAACAGGCAACAAAUCAGUGGAAGAAAAUAUGCAGCAUUUGAAGGACGAAGCUGCAAACAUGAUGAAGAAGAUAGAGCUCCUGGAAGAUUCAAGAAGGAAGCUCCUUGGUGAAGGUCUAGGAUCAUGUUCAAUAGAGGAACUGCAACAGAUAGAACAGCAGCUAGAACGGAGCGUUAUCAGCAUUCGCGCUAGAAAGACUCAGGUCUUCAAGGAGCAGAUUGACAAGCUUAAAGAGAAGGAGAAGAUCUUAACAGCUGAGAAUGCAAUCUUAACUGAGAAGUGUGGAAUCAAGCCCCCACAAAGAGCAAAUGAGUGCAGGGAAAGUCCACUGCUCAGAGAGAGCAGCCCAAGUUCGGAGGUGGAGACCGGUCUGUUCAUCGGGCCACCGGAGACCAGAGCGAGGCGCCCGCCAUUUCAGAAUUAACAAUAUAGCCCUAGCCUCUCGAAGUUUCAAAAUGUCGCGAGGCAGGCAGGCUUUCUCUCCUCUCCCUCUCUCCCCUCUCGGGAAAAUUUCAAACGCCACUGAAGCACUAUUCCAGUGCAAGCAAUAAAUUCAGAGCAUUAUCAAUAUGGCCAUGUAUCGAUUCUGUUUCUUCGACCUGACAUGAAAGGACGACGAAGAGAAUUCUAUGUAUAAAGUAUUCAGAUAUCGCGAAUUUGUAUGCAUUUUUGUGCCAAGAAAGAUUGUAGAAACGAAAUGUAAGAACGCAUAAUUGUAAGUGACGAUGUUACGUGCUUCUUAGUAUUGCAGUA